AUACCAACCCAAAAUGGUAAAUACCAUUUCCAUUUGGUUAUCCGCUUGAAUUUGAUUAUAGUGACGUCUUAUUUCAAAUUUAAACAGAACGAUGUCAUAAAACCGGUGACAGACGUCAUUGAUUUUUUGCUAAAAUCCCUAGUCGCGAUUUUUGUCAAUCUAUGGCUAGUUCAAAUUCCUUUCUAAUCUUUUUAUCGAGUAGGAUUGGUCAAUGGUACUACAAAUGUCAGGCAAACUCUGAAAGUUCCUAUUUAUAGAAACGCAACCAUGGUGGAGCCAAACCAGGAAAGUUUGGACGUCUAUGAUCGGCUUUAGAUGCGCCGUUGACGAUUAUGAGGAUACCGAACAGUCGAACUGGGAUCAAUUCACUAAAACAAGAAAUACUUAAAGAUACGACACUGUCCUUAUCGUUAUCAAAGAAAUAAGCUAUGAUAAUGCAUAAGUAACAUUUUUAUGACAGCAAUUGUAAGAAUAUCCCCAUUCGGAGAUGGCAAAAUUGUGUGCAAAUUUGUCUUUCAUGUUCGGAGAAAAGGCUUUUUUAGAGAGAUAUAAUUUGGCGAAGAACGCUGGAUUUAAAGCAGUGGAAUCUGGAUUCCCUUAUGGAAUUUCUAAGCAACAAGUUGUUGAUGCCAAAAAUGCAGCUGGAAUUGAUCAAAUACUCGUCAAUGUGUACACUGGGGACGUUACCAAAGGUGAAUUAGGGUUUGCUGCCAUCCCUGGGAAAGAACAGGAAUUCAAAGACAGUUUAGUUACCACACUAGAUUAUGCAAAAGCACUGGGCGCUAAAAAGAUCCAUAUAAUGGCAGGAAAAGUGGAUGGACAGAUCUCUCCUAAGCAUGACUCUGUAUAUCUGGAUAAUCUUAAAUAUGCUGCAAAAAUUCUGGAGAAAGAAAACAUUUUAGGAUUGAUAGAACCUAUAAAUCCUUAUUCAGUUCCAAAUUAUUACAUGAAUAGCUAUGACAAGGCUAUAUCAGUAAUAGAUAAAGUGGGCAGUCCUAACUUGAAGUUGAUGUUAGACAUUUUCCAUUUACAAAUGAUCAGAGGUAAUAUUACCAAUACAAUGAAAGAGCUAAAAGGAUACAUUGGACAUGUACAGAGGAAUUGAAAAGUGUAGCAGGUUAUGAAGACUGGAUUGGCUUAGAAUACAAACCAGCAUCAACCACUGCAGAAGGAUUGAAGUGGAUCCAAGAUUUGGGUUAUAAUUUGUGAAAAUAUUUUAAUAUGUGUAACACACUUACUAAUAUAUGUUAUAUAUGUACAUAC